UCUCCACUCUUUUAAAGAAAAGAAGACCCACUGUCUCUCUCCCCAAUUCCAUCUCUUCAUCUUCUUCUUUUCUUGCAUUUUGGUGUUCACAUCUCCGAAAAAUAUGAAAUCUACAUAGACAAUAUCCGGAAAGAAAAAACAGAUUAGUGGUACAUUAGAUUCACCAUCUUUCAAAAGAUCGUGAUAAUUCCGACUUUAGAUUUCAACCGAUCAUCUUUUCAAGUACUAAACACAAAAUAAUAGAAAUUGCAUAAUUACACGUUAUGGAAGAAGCAACAACAGCGAGUUCGGUCCCUCUAGUCAAGGUCGUGCAUGAAGAAGUGACAAAGGAAGAUCGUGUUAUGGAGAAACAAGAGGAAGAUACAUCAUUUGAUGGUGGAUUCGUAAAAGUCGAGAAAGACGGGAUCAACGCAAAUUCUGGUGAUGACGAGAAAGCACAGAAACAAGUUUCGACUGAAGGAAACUCAAACGGUUCACACAGAGAACUACAUGAAGCGCAAGAAAAGGCCAAAGAAUUGGAGCAUGAAUUGGAAAAAGUAACAGGGGAACUGAAACGGUAUGAAUCAGAGAACACACUUUUGAAAGACGAGCUUUUAUCCACAAAAGGAAGGUUAGAUGAAACAGAGAAGAAGCAUGAAGAGCAUGAAGUGGUUAGAAAGAAGUUGCAAGAGCAAAUUUCUGAAGGGGAAGCAAGACAUAGCUCACAGUUGAAGUCUUUGGAAGAUGCCUUGCAGUUACAUGAUGUUAAACACAAGGAACUGACUGAAGUUAAGGAAGCUUUUGAUGGGUUAGGUCUUGAGGUUGAGAACUCGAGAAAGAAGAUGAAAGAGUUGGAGGAAAGGCUUAGACUCUCUGCUGUAGAGGCAGAGAAAUUUAAAGAAGUUGAAGAGAAACUGAAGAUUUCAGAUGAAAACUUCUCCAAAACAGAUGCUCUUCUGUCUCAAGCUCUGUCCCAAAACUCUGUUCUUGAGCUGAAACUGAAAUCUCUUGAGGAAGUAUCUAAGAAAGUAUCUGAACUAAAAUCUGCUUUGAUAGUGGCUGAAGAGGAAAGAAAAAAGUCAACUAGUCAGAUAAAUGAAUACCAAGAAAAGGUUACUAAACUGGAAACUUCUCUGAGCCAAUCAGCGGCAAGAACCUCAGAGCUUGAAGAAGAUUUGAGAAUUGCUUUGCAGAAAGGUGCAGAGCAUGAAGAUAUUGGAAAUGUGAGUACUCAACGCAGCGUUGAACUACAAGGUCUGUUCCAAACAUCUCAGUCAAAACUAGAAGAGAAAUUGAAAGACUUGGAGGCAUUACAAGAGAAAAACUCUAGUCUUGAAGCUGCUCUAAGCGUUGCAACGGAGAAAGAGCGUGAACUGUCAGAAAAUCUUAAUGCUGUGACAGAGAAGCUGAAAUCUGCAGAAGAUAAACUUGAGAAGCAAGCAAGAGAGAUAGAUGAAGCUACCACAAGAAGCAUAGAGCUUGAAGCUUUGCAUAAACACUCAGAGAUUAAAAUCCAAAAGGCAAUGGAGGAUUUCAGUAGCAGAGACACAGAGGCUAAGUCUUUGACUGAGAAAUCAAAAGAUCUCGAGGAGAGGAUAAGAUUAUAUGAAGGGAAACUGGCUGAAGCAUCUGGUCUAUCUCUUUCUUUGAAAGAAGAAAUCGAUCAGUCGUCAGCAGAGAAUGAAUUGCUAGCAGAUACAAACAACCAGCUCAAGAUCAAGAUUCAAGAACUUCAGGGAUAUCUGGAAUCCGAGAGGGAUACUGCGAAUGAAAGGCUUAGUCAGAGAGACACAGAAGCUAAAGACUUGAGUACAAAGUUGAAAUUCCAUGAAAACCUAAUCGAGGAGCACAAAAGGCAGAUUCUUGAAGCAUCUGGAGUUGCUGAUACAAGAAAAGUUGAGCUAGAAGAGGCUCUCUUGAAACUCAAGACUCUCGAAUCUACAGUAGAAGAGCUUGAGAAAGUAAAUGGAGAUUUGGCCGAAGUGAAUAUGAAUCUGAACCAGAAACUAGCAAAUCAUGGGUCAGAGACAGGCGGUUUUCAGGCAAAGCUCUCUGCUUUAGAGGCUGAGAAAGAUCAAACAGUCAAAGAGCUUCAGACAGCUAUAGAAGCUCUUACAAAACAGCUUACUUCUGAAGGAGAAAGAUUACGGUCACAGAUAUGUUCCCUUGAAGAAGAGAAGAACCAAUUAAAUGAAACAUAUCAAAGCACAAAGAAUGAGCUCGUAAAGCUUCAAGAAAAACUCCAAGAAGACAAGUCUAAAUCAGAUGCUAUGGUAUCCGAAAUCGGGAAGCUUAGUGCAGUGGCUGCUGAAAAGUUGGUGUUGGAGUCAAACUAUGAACAAGUAGCAAUACAAUUGAAAGAAUUCGAAGCUCAGUUGAAAGAAAAGGUCGAAAAAGUUGCAGAACUGACCUCAAAAUUGCAGGAACAUGAACAUAAGGCGAGUGACCGAGAUGUGCUGGACGAGCAAGCAGUUCAGCUACAUAAAGAGUUUCAAGCUUCUCACACUCUCAUAUCUGAACAGAGAGAAGCGGUUGCUCAGAAGCAUUCAGAGUUGGAAGCUACUUUAAAGAAAUCACAAGAGGAGCUUGAUGCUAAAAAAUCUGUGAUCGUUCAUCUCGAAUCGAUGGUCAAAGACCUUGAACAGAAACUGCAGGUUGCAGAUACUAUAUCUAAGGAAACUGAGUCUACUGGAAAAGAGGAAGUAGAAGUGAAAUCUCGAGACAUUGACUUAUCAGUUUCAACUCCAAAUCAACGUAAGAGCAAGAAGAACUUAGAUGUUUCUCCUUCUCCUUCUUGUUCUUCAGGGCACGUUAUGAUUCAGAAAGCUGAAACAUCCCAUCUCAUGACAUUGAAGAUUGUUCUUGGAGUCGCUAUUGUGUCUGUCAUUAUAGGUAUCAUUGUUGGGAAGAAGUAUUGAAUCCUUCAUGGUGUGAUUGUGUCUAGUAGAACAUGGGAAGCGGUUUGUUUGAUUCUUGAUUGUCUCUGGGUUUAGGGCUUUUCAUUUAUUUAUUACUAACCUUUUAUUUAUUAUUUGCCAAGCAAGGCCCAAAUAAAUGUUGCAAAAAUCUGAUUAAA